AUGUCGACCCCCAGCCCCGUCCUGUCUCCCUCCGCCACCUCCAACCGCAUCUUUCCCAUCCGCAGCGUCGUCUCCGUCGAACCCACCCCAGUUCCUAGCCGCUUUCCUAGCGAUUACUCGCACGCCAGCGGUGCACGAAUAACACCCGAGAGCCUUCACAACAGCCGCCGCCCGUCUCCCGCGAGCUCGGCCGCCACGUCGGGGGAACACCACUCGCCCCAAACUCACGACAGGCCGAGAGGACCCCAGAGAAGGCCCCAGCGGAGCCAACGACCUCCAGAAGACUCAUUCCCACGCACUCCAGCCCAGCUGUUCAGCGACCUCAUAUCAAGUGAAUCCAAUGAUACUGGCUCGGAAGCGGAGACGGGGACUCCAACAGGCCCAGGCCCAGGCCCAGGCCCAGGCAAGACCAGUGCGCCUUCCCCCCCGAACGCCGAUUCCCUCUCCCCUGCCUCCUCUACCGGUGCCCCCUCCAUCAAGAACGUGACAAGCAGCAUUGACGAGUCUAUGCUCAUCACCCAUCGCUUCAAGCAUGUUAUUACCGACGACGGCCAUGCCAUUAUCACUGGGCGCGACGGUGAAACCCUGCAGCGCUGCGAGGAUGAGCCCAUCCAUAUCCCUGGUGCGGUCCAGAGUUUUGGUCUCCUUAUUGCUCUGAAGGAGGACGCCGACGGCAAUCUUCUUGUGAGAAUCGUCAGCGAAAAUUCAAUGCAAAUCAUUGGCCGGUCUCCUCCAGAACUCUUUGCCCUGGAGAGUUUCACCGACAUUCUCUCCGAGGAUCAGACAGAAAACCUUCUUGAUCACAUCGACUUCAUAAAGGACCCGGAUGCGGAUGUAGGAGCGAAUGGGCCCGAGGUGUUCCCACUGUCCAUCAAGGUUCCCGGGGAAAGGGCACGCAAGUGCUUCUGCGCCAUACACAUGAACGAUGCCAACCCCGGACUCAUCAUAUGCGAAUUAGAACUCCAGGAUGAUAAAGUCAACCCAUUGGCUCCUGCAGAGGACGUCCUUGACCACCCGGCCGACACGCUGAAUAGCCAGCCUACUCAGCAAGAGUACAUCCGGAGCACAGAGAGCAUCAGCAAGCCCCUAAGGAUCCUACGGGGUGCAAGGAAGCGCCGAGGCGAGGCAGCUGCCAUGGAAGUCUUCAAUAUCAUGUCCCAGCUUCAAGAGCAGCUCGCUGCCGCACCCAAUCUCGACACCUUGUUGAAGGUCCUGGCGGGUGUUGCUAAAGAAAUGACCGGCUUCCACCGUAUAUUGAUCUACCAGUUUGAUAAAAGCUUCAACGGGCGCGUGGUCACGGAGCUGCUGGAUCCGAGGGCGACCAAGGAUCUGUUCCACGGUCUCAGGUUUCCCGCGACGGAUAUCCCCAAGCAAGCGCGUGAGCUCUACAAGGUGAACAAAGUGCGCGUUCUUUACGACCGUGACCAGGAGACUGCGCGUUUGGUCUGCCGCACUCCGGACGACAUCGAAGUGCCCCUAGACAUGACUCAUUGCUAUCUACGAGCCAUGUCCCCCAUCCAUAUCCAAUACUUGAGGAACAUGGCCGUUCGAGCGUCCAUGUCUAUAUCCAUCAAUGCUUUCGAUGAACUCUGGGGUCUUAUAUCAUGUGGCUCAUACGGACCUAAAGGAAUGCGCGUCUCAUUUCCGAUACGAAAAAUGUGUCGCCUGAUCGGCCAUGCCGCGUCGAGAAAUAUCGAACGACUAUCUUAUGCGUCGAGGUUGCAAGCUAGGACUCUUAUCAACACUGCGCCUACCCAGACCAAUCCAUCCGGAUACAUAAUGGCUUCGUCAGAUGAUCUCCUAAGACUCUUUAAUGCUGAUUUCGGUUUGCUUUCAAUACACGAUGAGACGAAGAUCCUCGGCAGGUUAGAGCAGGCGUCACAGGAAGCACUUGCUCUCUUGGAAUAUCUGCGAAUGAGAAAAAUCACUUCCGUCUUGAUGUCCCAAGAUAUCACGCAAGAUUUUCCCGAUCUUCGGUAUCCUCCUGGUUUCGAGCACAUCGCAGGCAUGCUGGUUGUGCCUCUCUCCACCGGUGGCCGUGACUUCAUCGUCUUCUUCCGAAGAGGCCAGCUGGAGGAGGUCGAAUGGGCCGGAAAUCCCUACGAGAAAUUCGUAAGAGAGGGCACCGAAGGUUAUCUGGAGCCGCGGACCAGCUUCAAGACUUGGCGUGAGACUGUCAUCGGCAAAUGCAGAGAGUGGACAGAAGAGGAGGUUGAAGCAGCGGCUGUGCUCUGCCUCAUCUACGGUAAAUUCAUCGACGUAUGGAGGCAGAAGGAGUCGGCUCUGAAGAGCAGCCAGCUCACUCGACUGCUUCUGGCCAACUCUGCUCACGAAGUGCGCACUCCUCUGAACGCCAUUAUCAAUUACCUGGAGAUCGCCCUGGAAGGCACUCUCGAUCAGGAGAUUCGCGACAACCUGUCCAAGUCACACUCAGCCUCCAAAUCGCUAAUCCAUGUCAUCAAUGACCUGCUCGAUCUCACGAAUACAGAGGAGGGAGGCUCUUUGAUCAUAGGCGAGCCCUUCGACCUCAAGGCAACACUUAGGGAGGCCACGGACAUGUUUUCUGGUGAUGCCAAACGAAAGCAUCUGAAUUACGAAGUAGUGGAGCAUCCAGGGCUACCGCAUAAGUGCAUGGGAGAUCAGAGGCGAGUUCGGCAGGCGAUCUCGAACAUCACUGCCAAUGCUAUCCAGCACACCACUGAAGGCGGCAUCAAGAUCGAAAUGUAUGUGGCCUCCUGGCCCGAGCCUGGCCGCGUGAACGUAGAAGUCGCCGUGACGGACACUGGCUCCGGCAUGAGCUCCCAGAAGCUCGAUCAAUUAUUCAACGAGUUGGAGCAGGCGCAGACUGAGCAGUCUCUUAUGUUUGCGGAUUCCCCAUCAGACCCGAAAUCGAACACGGAGAAGUCUGAUUCUUCUCAGAGUGCCCUCGGCCUUGGUUUAGCCGUCGUUGCGCGCAUCAUCGGCAAUAUGAACGGUCAGCUUCGAUUAAAGUCGGAAGAGGGGAAGGGAUCAAGAUUCGUGCUUCAGUUUCCUUUUGAUCUGCCUGAUGAGGAGGGUCGGGAUGCACCGUCGGGUCUAUCAUCAGACGACAACCCUCUCCCUGUCCCUGACACGCCGCAGGGCGAACGCACACUAAUGGCCAAGGGCCCGUCACGCCGGUCGUCUACUAGCGAUCGGUUGUGCAAGUGGGACAGUGCGUCAUCGCAGAAGAGCGAAGCCGACCGUCUCAUUGAGGCAAUCCAGAAAGCGCAUUGGCUGGAAGAGCACAAUGCGUCCGCGGUGAGCUCCCGUUCCAUGAGACCGCCAUUGACGAAGCGCAGGAGCACGGAUUAUGGGGCUAAGAGCAUUGCAACUUCACCUGUACGAAUACGUUCAAAAAGUCUGGAGACCCACGACCGGCCGCCUGUGGAGCCAAACCAUCAUGAGAGCGUGGAGAUUGCUGGAGAGCAGAACCUGGCGUCGUCCGCUACUCCAAUCAAAGAGGUUAAAGGUCCGGAAGGACCGAUGCCUAAAAUGCAGCCACGACACACUGGCUUUAUCAGCGAGCUGACUCACUCCGAACAUGAAGCCUCAGUCAGGUCGGAAACGAACACCUCUGACAAGAUGCGCGUCCUCGUUGCAGAAGACGAUCCCGUCAAUAGCAGAAUCGUCAAGAAACGGCUCGAAAAGCUCAGUCAUACUGUCACGCUCACGGUCAACGGGGAGGAAUGUGCCGACGCUUUUUGCUACCAUCCUGAGGACUUUGAUGUGGUCCUGAUGGAUAUGCAGAUGCCAAUUGUCGACGGUCUCACUUCGACCAAGCUAAUACGAUCCUUCGAGAAGACCCACCCAGGCAAGCUGUCGGCUCGUGCUGCUCUAUGCGGUCGCGUUCCAAUCAUAGCCGUAUCUGCCUCUCUCGAGGAGAAGCAUCGCCAAUCCUACAUUGACACCGGCUUCGAUGCCUGGAUCCUUAAGCCCAUAUCCUUCAACCGCUUGAGCGAGCUGAUGACCGCGAUUGUGGACAAGGACGUGCGAAGCAAGUGUCUCUACCAGCCUGGGGAAUGGGAAAGAGGCGGCUGGUUCCAUUGUGAGCAGAAGAGCGCGGGAGAAGCUGUCACCGCCCCAAGUGGCCACGAUCCAAAGGAAGGAGUAUACAUCUCGACGCUUUCCCACCGAAAGGACGUUCAACGGUCCUAA